AGUAUUCUUUCAAAGUUUGCUUAGGUAGGUAGGCAUAAUUGCCGAACGCUUGUCAGUGGCUCGGAAUCGGGCCAACAUGGACGAUAAGUUAGAAAAGUACUGGAGACGUCUAUUUUAUAUGCAGCCGAUCGCAGAACCCACUCCUUUGGAUCCUGAAGCGAUUGAAUACUUCGGAGUAUUUAGUAUUAACGAGUCACCUGUCGCCACCCAAAAACGGUGGUACAUUUAUUAUGGCCUUAGAUCAGAAAGGUUAAGGGUUAUGGAAAGGACUCGUAAGAAAUAUGGCAAAAAGCAUGUCAGAGAAAUAUUUCAGAUCGCCACAUUCAGCGGAGUGGGAUUUCAUAAAAUCGUAAGAGAAUAUUUCUGCAACUUAAAAUGGUUUACAAGCAGAAAUAUCUUGGAAGCUCCAUUGAAUAGUUAUUAUAAUGAUGAAAGACUCGUGAAAACAGUUUCAGACUUGCAUAAGAAGGAGCUAAAAAGAAUCUUCGACUAUAUAAUGAUACAACACGACUGGUUUAAGCGCUAUAAUGAUCAAAAGCCACCACCUGCAAAACAUUAAACUAACUACGAAAAUCGACUAUCAGCGACAUCUGUUGAUAUUUUUUGGAACCCAUAUAUGUUUGA